AUGCAGCACGUACGCGCCUCUAAGCUCCUGUCCCACGCCAGCAAACGGCGCCUCCUCGUGUCUACAUACACCCAAUUGAGCCGUCGCGUGGGCGUGUCUCCGCCUCAGGUCUCUACUGGUCACAAGUCACGGCCUUUCAACGUCCGUGCAACCACAUCCAGUGGCGCUGUAGCCAACCAAUGCGCACUUGUGGCUGGAGCUGCAGCUCUUGUCGGUGCAAUUGGAUGGACCGCAAGUACAGCGAAUCUCGAGGCAAAACCGGACAAGAAGCGGGAAAAGCACUAUGAUUACGCUGAAGUUGUGGACACGAUCCGUCAUAGCGUUUCCGAGUUCCGUGCAACGAUCAAGGGCAGCGACAACCGUGUCCCCAAGGCUUUUCCGAUCCCCAAAAUUGGCAUCUCGAGGAUACAUGCGCCGAAUGGCGUGGCCACGAUCCGGAUUGAGUUUGCGUGCCCAUCUUUUGUCGACCAAGAGUCGGUUCUUGGUCGGUUUCUGCUCCAGUUGCAGAAGACAUCGACUCCUGGUGCUCGUCAGGCUGUAGAAGUGCUCCCGGUCCCGCUCGACAGCACGAAGAAAAAGACCGCUACAGAGAUCGAUGAACAACCUGCUGUGACGUACCUGUACUCAAACGGCUCAGGCUCUUUUCAGUUCUUGCGCGAUGCGUCGUCGCUGCAACCGACGUCGAAGUUUGUGUUUUUCAAAGAUGAGUUUCUAACGCAAAACGAAAUCGACGCGGUCGUCAGUGCCUACGAGGAGAUCUACUCGCACGAAAACGUGAACGCAUUUUUCCGUCGCGAUCUCGAGCGGCGUCGAAAGAAUGCUUUUGCUGGACGAGGCCCGAAUGCGGCUGCUGCAACUGCUGCUGCACCUGACAGCAAGGAAGAAGCGAUUCAGCACUUACAGACUCUCGGAAUCGACGUGUUUGAGCCAUCUGCAAACGAAAACAGCUUGACUUGGGAUAGUUUGGCAGGGUACGAUGAGGUGAAAGAGGAGAUUGAAGACACCGUCGUGCUAGCGCUUCAAAAUCCAGAGCUCUACGAGCGUAUUGCACAGAAGACUCGUUGCCGUUAUGAGAGCAAUCGUCCUCGUGCUGUGCUGUUUGAAGGUCCGCCUGGCACCGGCAAAACGUUGAGUGCGCGGAUCAUUGCGCAACAGGCAGGCAUUCCCAUGAUACACAUUCCGAUCGAGAGUGUAGUCUCGAAGUGGUAUGGCGAUAGUGAGAAGAAAAUGUCGGCAAUCUUCGACGCGUGCGAGAAGUUGGAUGGCGCUAUCAUUUUCAUAGACGAGAUUGACGCACUUGCUGGAGAUCGAUCGGGUGGUACCAUGCACGAAGCUUCUCGGCGUAUUUUGUCCGUUCUCCUGCAAAAAGUAGAGGGGUUCGCCUCGGCCAAAAAGACCACCGUCGUGUGUGCCACGAACCGAAAGCAAGACUUGGAUGCCGCACUGAUCAGCCGUUUCGAUUUGUCGAUCCGCUACAACCUUCCAGACGAGAAGACCCGCCAGGCAGUGUUUGCUCGAUAUGCCAAGCAGUUGUCUGACGAAGAACUCUCACAGCUGGCAGCCGUUUCUCCGCAGCUCUCAUGCCGAGACAUAAAAGAGAUUUGUGAAUAUGCAGAAAGAAAGUGGGCUUCGAAGGUACUGAAGAAGGAGGAGACGAUGGAGCUGCCUACGUUGCAGACCUAUUUGGAGGCCGUGAAAACGCACACAGGUGGACUGUCGCACCACUUGCAGCCUGAUGUAUACGAGACAUGA